CAGUAAAUAUUUGUGUUUGCUUCAACCGGCUGUAAUGGUGGACGACUGAAGGCGAAGAGCAACGGAAUACAACUAGAGUGAAAGAGAGAGAAGCAAACACAGUCUGUUUUCAAGAGCACAGCAAAGCACAGCGCAGCCAGCUGUAGUAGGACACACCGGGCUUUUCUUUUUUAGUCGGAAAAUGGAUGAACUCAAACAUCAAGUCAUGAUUAACCAGUUCGUCCUGACGGCGGGUUGUGCGGCAGACCAGGCGAAGCAGCUUCUGCAGGCGGCACACUGGCAGUUCGAGACUGCCCUCAGUGUCUUUUUUCAAGAAACAAAUAUUCCAUAUGGCCAUCAUCAUCAAAUGAUGUGCACCCCAGCCAACACACCAGCGACGCCCCCCAACUUCCCGGACGCGUUGACCAUGUUCUCCAGGCUGAAGGCGUCCGAGAGCUUCAGCAGCAGCGGCGGCAGUCCCAUUGCCGCCAUGGCCACCUCACCCCCGCCCCCCCAGGUCGGAGGCUGGGGGGUCUCACCAAACAUACCUAAUGUGCCGCAACCUCCACAUGGACUCUGGACUCAGGGGCAACCCCCCACGCAGCCCUGCCCCGCCUGGCCCACGGGCGUGAACCCUCACGCAGGCGCCGAGCAGAAGGCUAGUGUAGCGAUGGAGGCUGAGAGAUGAAGGGCAGCACGGGACUGAGAAGCCCCCCUUUUCCGCCCCAGGGAGGGAGGGAGACGGGGGGUGAAUGCAGGGGAGGGUGGGAGAUGAUAAUGGGUAGAAAUGGUCUUUUUCCCCAAAAGACGGAUGGAGACGGAGACGGAUACUACGCAAACCAAGAAAAACUCAACGUGGACAAUUUAAGAAGAGGAGAAAACCAAUGCAAAUGUCAAUACAAAAAUAGAAAAGAAAAAAAAAGAUACGCACACACAUAGUAAUAAGAGAGCAACUGAAAUCUUUUGUUAGUUUUUUCCUAAGUAAAUGCAUAGAUAAGAGAAAUAUUAUUGAACUAAAAAAAAAAAAGAAAUUUUUAAAAAAUUGUCACGCCCAAGGAUUCUAUGUGAUGUUCAAGGACUUUCAAGGCAGCAAACUUAAUUUUCUGUUUUAUUUUUUGUUUAGUUUUUUCUUUUUUUUUCAUCUUUUCAGCCAGUGUUUUUUUUAGCCACUGGUGUUUCUGUGUUUCUGCAACUGUCUGUGCUGCAUGAGGAGAGAGGAACUUGCAAAUGCAGUGUUUGAGAUUGACUCAAAAAUCAACACGCACUUGAGUGUGUACGCAUGUGAGCGGGUGGUCAGUUUGUAAUCAAAAAUGUACACACACACAUAUAUAUAUAAAUAUAUAUAUAUUCACACACACACACAUACACACACUUUAGCGUUUAGAGGAAACACCUCCAUACUGUCAUCCCCAUCGUCAAAGGUGGGACUUUUCUUACCUCACCUGGUGGUCACCUGACUUCUUUCAGCCAAUCAGGGAUUCUUCUUAAAAACCAACCGUUGCCGCCGCAGGACAUGUUUUUAAAGGUUUUUUCUUAAAAGGCAGCCGCUCUGGUUUCUGCUGACUGAUCCUCGCUGCGAUGGCUUUUUUUCCUGACACCGUUUUAAAACCUGGACUCAGAAACAAACAAACUGUCCACUGUAUACAUUUUCUGGAGAUUUGGGUUAUUACAAGAAAAAAAAAAAGAGAAAUCAUGGUUUAAUAUAAUAUUGUUUAUAAUGCUAAUGGUUUUUUGUUGAAAAGGUUAAGGGGAGGUGGUUUUGAAAAUGGGUGGGACUACAGGUUGAUUUAUUUUUUAUUUUUUUCUGAAAGAGUGAAUCAAACGCAGCUAAAAAUGGCUACAGAUCUAAAAGAGGACAAACAAAAAAGAAAACACGACUACUCCAUCUUUGUAAACAGAAUUGCCACUUUGCAUGAUGUGUUCAUAACGUGUAACAUCUUUUGUAGCAAACAUACAUGAGGUCGAGACAUGAUUAUGGGAUGGGGAGGGAGGGUGGAGUUAAAGAUGAGGGUGGGGUGGUGGGUCUCAUCCCCAACGCUAAUAGAGAUGUAAUAGAUGAGCGUUUCUCCACAAAGAGUCAAAUCAGCAGCGUCUAAAAGGCAAAAUUGGACUUGUUGGAUAUGAGAAACAAAAGAAGAAAAUGGGUGUGGGGCAGCUUCGGGAAGCCCACCACCGACUAUUUGGGGACACUACGGACUACUUUCAGAUAUAAAGUAUAUAUAUACCCUCAGAUACUGUACCACAGAGGGGUUUUUACAACAUUUAGGUCUAGUGUCGACCAGUCCCUGGUCCAGUGAUACCGCUGAGGGACAAUUCAGGGAUGACCCUGAUGUACGGCAAUAUUUUAAAUACAGGGUCUGCCCCUUUUUUAAGUUUCUCCUAUUUGGAUUAUUUUUUCAUUCGAUAUAUAAGAAAAGAGAUAUUUUAAAUAGCUGAGGGUCUUUUUUUUUUUUUUUUUUUUUAAAGGAAAAAGAAAUGGGAAGUUAUGGAUAUAAUAAUGAAUAAAUAAGCGACUUCCUUUUUUUUAAUUAUUAUUUAGACUAAACUAAUGUUUGAGUUCAUCCUUCCCCAUGCUUCAUACUUUAUUUGGUUAAAUCAGAGCGUUUCUGGGUGGGCCUGUUCCUAAAUGGUUUCUCAUGUAUGUUUCCCCACUUGUAUGACUGUAUGAGACCAUUCCCACAAUAUUUGUGGACUACCUGAUAAUUAACUUAUCAUUUUUUGUGAACCUAAAUAAAUAUUGUAUGUCAACCUAA